CGUUGUGGAGGAGCAGUUAUUACUGCAGGACCAAGACGUGUGACGUCCCGGCGUGCACUGCGGCUCAUCUUCCUCUUCCGGUUUGUGAGCCUCGCUGAGAGACGCUGUGAGUACCGGCUGCUUUGCUAAAUCUCAUGCCAUCCUGACCCAGGGAACACGUUAUUGGUACCGAGAGGAUCGAUCAUGGCAAAGUCCAAGAAUCACACAACUCACAACCAAUCUCGCAAAUGGCACAGAAAUGGCAUCAAGAAACCCAAAUCUCAAAGAUAUGAAUCUCUAAAGGGGGUUGAUCCUAAGUUCAUGAGAAACAUGCGCUUUGCCAAGAAACACAACAAGAAGGGAUUUAAGAAAAUGCUGGCAAACAAUGCAAAGAAUGCAGCCAGCGCCCCAGCACCUGCACCCGCUAAAUAAUUCUACUUUUUGUUGUUAAACCUGGGACUUCAGCAUUGUGAUUUUUCAUUUUCUGUGGUGUCACUGAUGAAAUAAAAAAAAAAAAAAGUCAAAAGUGAUCUGUUUGUAAUACAGUUCAGAAAAGGAACCCCUGUCUCUCUGAACCCGUCUCGUUAGUGUUAAUGAGAAUAUCAAAUGUAGCAGAUAUAAAUAGUAUGUAAGAGACCUGCAUUGACUAAUUUAAAGACGUUUUCUGGA